AUUAACACACAUUAUUAGCAUUUACUUACAUUACAAUACAUGCUAGAGAAGAGAGAGAGAGAAAGAGUUAGUGUUCGUGUUGGUGUCUUAGCUGGACUAGGCGGGAUUACCGGUGGUCAAACCCAACCAGUGCCAGAUUCACCAUUCGCUUUGAAUCCCCAUUACUGCUUCUUCACCCUCUUCCACAGUGUUCUUCUACUUCUUCUUCUUCUAGAAGAGUGAGUGUUAUUCAUUCUUAUUCAUUAGAACAAACAAGAAGAAGUUGAUACAGCCAAGCCAAACCAAGCCAGCUAUCUAUCUAUAAUCUACCAACUACUGCCAUAUUCUCUAAUGUAGUUGCAUUCUCUCUCCAAUUUGUUAUUAAUACUAAUUUCUUUCUCUUUUUAAUUUCUUUUUUUUUCCAAAUUUAAAAUUUCCCCUUUUUCCCUCUGUACUCAAGGAAUUGAAAGAGUGAGACACAGAGUAGGUAGAAAGAAAGAAAGAAACAAACAAACUCAGAUAGUGAAUAAAGGAACAACAACAACAACAACAACAAGAAGAACAAGAAGAAUACAGAUUUGUCUUGUCAAUGGAAGAACAAGCCUUGUGAAUUGUGAUGUGAUGUGAUUGAUUCACUCAGUGGAAUAUGGGAAUGGUUGGAUCUUUGGGUCAGUGGUGAUAGUCAGAGAUGGUGGAUCGGCGUGGCAUAGUGUGGUUUGGGUUCUUGUUGUUCUUUCUGCUGUUUGGGGUGACACUGUCGCAGAUUGAGCCACUGAGUUCAACUACUGAGCGAGAAGCGCUUCUGGAACUGAGGGGUUCUUUGGGGUUGAGGAGCAAGGAAUGGCCAAGAAAACCAGACCCUUGUUUAAUCUGGAUUGGUAUUACUUGUCAGAAUGGUCGUGUUAUUGGGAUCAACAUCUCUGGUUUCAGAAGAACAAGGCUUGGUAGGAGAAACCCUCAAUUUGCCGUUGAAGCUUUGGCCAAUUUCACUCUCUUGCAGUCAUUCAAUGCCUCCAGUUUCUACCUUCCUGGUCCUAUUCCUGAUUGGUUUGGCCUCAAACUCCCUUCGCUUCAGGUGCUUGAUCUUCGUUCUUGCUCCAUUGUCAAUGCUAUUCCUUCCACUAUUGGGAAUUUAACCAACCUUACUAGUCUUUACCUUUCUGAUAACAAGUUAACUGGUUCAGUUCCUGAGAGUUUGGGUCAACUCUCUGGCCUUUCGGUUCUUGAUCUCUCUAGGAAUUCUCUUGCUGGUUCCCUGCCAGCAUCUUUUGCCUUUCUAGAAAACCUUAAUUCCCUUGACAUGUCCUCCAAUUUUCUGUCGGGACCGAUUCCUCCCGGCAUAGGGAACCUCACCAGGUUACAGUACUUGAAUCUUUCCAGCAAUGACCUGACUUCUUUGCCAGCCCAACUGGGGGGUCUUACUAGCUUAGUUGACCUUGAUGUUAGUGAGAAUUCUUUCUCCGGUGGAGUUUUUCCAGAUUUGAAAGGGUUGAGAAACUUGCAGAGAGUGGUACUUGCAAGCAGCAUGCUUAAUGGGCCUUUGCCGCGGGACUUGUUUACUGUUUCAUUGCAGUUGCAGCUCAUAGUGCUGAGACAAAAUAAUUUUACUGGUUCUUUGCCUUUUGAGUUGUUUUCUCUGCCAAGAUUGACCUUCCUAGAUGUGUCUGCCAAUAACUUCAGUGGUCCGCUCCCUAAUUCCAGUUCCGCUGCUUAUGGUGCCGUUGCUGCUGCGGUGCUCAAUAUUUCUCAUAAUACAUUUUAUGGAGGCCUCACACCUGUGCUCAGAAGGUUCAGUUUUGUUGAUGUUUCGAAUAACUAUUUUGAGGGGAAGGUGCUGGAUUUCAUGGGUAAUGUUUCUGUAGAUAGAAACUGCAUGCAAAACAUGAGGAAUCAGAGGACAACGGUGGAUUGUGCAUCGUUUUAUGCUGAGAGGGGCCUCAAUUUCGAUAACUUUGGACGCCCGAACUCUACAAGUCCUCCCACUGCAGAAGGCUCUAAGAAGAGUAAUAAAACUUGGAUUGUAUUGGCAGCAGCCUUAGGUGGACUGGGUUUAAUACUUUUAGUGUUCCUACUGGUACUGUUGCUUCUGUGCACUCGUCGGAGAGGUAAUUCGAAUCAAAGGGGAAACGGUGUGGGCCCUGCACCUGCUGGAGGCAGUUCUCCACAGCCCGGUGCACCAGUAAACUUUUCUAAUAUAGGAGACUCAUUUACAUAUCAUCAGUUGCUCCAAGCAACAGGAGAUUUCAAUGAUGCAAAUCUUAUCAAACAUGGCCACACCGGGGAUCUCUUCAAUGGUGUUUUAGAAAAUGGCAUGCGUGUUGUAAUCAAAAGGGUUGACACACGUUCAAUUAAGAAGGACGCUUACCUAUUGGAACUGGACUUUUUCAACAAGGUUUCUCAUCAAAGAUUUGUUCCCUUGUUAGGUCAUUGCUUAGAAAAUGAGAACGAGAAGUUCCUGGUUUAUAAGCAUAUGCCAAAUGGGGACAUGUCUCAUUGCUUAUUGUAUAAAAACACUACAUCUGAAGAUGAUUCUUGGCAGUCAUUGGACUGGAUAACAAGGUUAAAAAUUGCUACUGGAGUAGCAGAGGCCCUAACGUAUCUGCAUCAUGAAUGUAUUCCACCCAUUGUUCACAGAGAUAUUCAAGCGAGCAGUAUACUUCUAGAUGAUAAAUAUGAAGUUCGGUUAGGGAGUCUAAGUGAAGCCUGUGUUCAAGAAGGAGAUACUCAUCAAAGUAAAAUCACCCGGUUUCUGCGAAUGCCUCAGUCCUCUGAGCAAGGCAAAUCUGGUUCAUUAACAUCAGUUUGCACCUAUGACGUUUAUUGCUUUGGGAAAGUGUUGCUUGAGCUGGUGACUGGUAAGAUGGGAAUCAGUGCAUCCAAUGAGGGUGAAGUAAAGGAAUGGCUUGAUCAGAUUCUACCUUGCAUUAGUAUGUAUGACAAGGAGCUUGUGACAAAAAUUGUUGACCCAUCUCUGGUUGUUGAUGAGGAUUUCUUAGAGGAAGUGUGGGCUAUAGCCAUUGUUGCCAGGUCUUGCCUAAAUCCAAAACCUUCAAGAAGGCCUCCAAUGAGAUAUAUCCUCAAGGCUUUGGAAAACCCUUUAAAAGUUGUGAGGGAAGAAGCUUCUGGUUCUGCACGGCUCAAAGCAACCUCUUCUAGAGGCUCCUGGAAUGCAACCUUGUUCGGUAGCUGGCGUCAGAGUUUGUCGGAUGUAACAGCAAUUCCAGCAGCCUCUGGUACAAAGCAAGAAGGAACUAGUAGUUUAAAGCUUUCAGGAACUUCCGGCUCACACUCUUCGUCAUCUCGGCGACGCCAUUCAAAUGAGAUAUUUCCAGAGCCAUCCGGCACACGUGAUGUAGAGAGGCUGGAGCAUCAAUAAAAAGUCGCUUGAUACCAUGUUUGGAUUUGCUUCUAUUUCCUCAUAAUUAAUUCCGACAUUCAGAAGCCACACACAAAAGCUUCUCUCCAGAAUUGAUUUAGCCUUUAGAAUCAAUUGUAGAAGGAUUUCCAAACAUGGUCUAAGUCCGUCUUAAUUUUUCAUUCAGCAAUGUUAUUGGAAAUGGAAAGUGCUCACUGUACAUUUCAGCAGACAAAGUGGCACUGAGUUCCUUCAAGACAUGAUUAACUUUCAAAGGAGGGUGAUUUGCAUUUGUUUUCAUGGUGGUUUUGGACACAAGCUUGUGGUGAGAUAGAUAUAGAAUGCGAGAGCAGGCCAAGUGCUUUGGUAGAUAUGGAUACUUCUUUAACUGCUUGUUUUGGACAGAAACAAGCCCCAUUUUUUUCACCUGUAAUUGAUUUUUCUCCCCUUUUUCUUACCCUUUGUUUCAAGUUCUCUAAUGGAAUGUAAAUUUUAAUGUGUCAGAUUUCUUCAUUCAGGUGGGAUUUUUUAUUAUUUUGGAAAAAAGGGGACAGACCCAAAAUUUGAGAGGAUGAAAAAGAAAACAGGCUUUACUGA